AGGGGUCAGAGGGCGGGUUUGGGCCUGCAACCCUCGAGGGGCCCAGAGGAGACGCUGAGUACGCGGAGUUUCAGCAGUUAGACGGACCCGCCGAAGCUUCAUCUGAAACUCAGACUUCUUCCUGGAAAACCGGAGGACUGCGCUGCGUUGAAGCGUCACUGAAAUAUCAGUGUGACACCUUGAUGAAGUCAGCCAGGUGCCUUGCAGAGAUGGCUGUGCAUGUGACUCUGAGCAGGACGUGUUCGUAUAACCGCUAUGAGCUGCUGGCUUGGCUCAAUGAAACCUUACAGACAAGCUUCACCAGGGUGGAGCAGGUAUGCACAGGUGCGGCUUACUGCCAGCUGAUGGACUUGCUGUUUCCCGGUUCUUUGGACCUCUCCGGGGUCCAGUUCCAGUGCGAUACCAUCAUGCACUCCCUGCAUAACUUCACCCUGCUGCAAGCUGCUUUCAAAAGGGCCGGCGUGAUCAGGCACAUCCCCAUCGAGGCGCUGAUGAAGAGGAACCCUACGGUGGCUCUGACCUUCCUCCAGUGGUUCAAGCUCCUCUUUGAUGAGAAAAAUGACAGCAGGGAGUACAACGCCUCGGAAGCCAGAGGAGGACAGAACCUGGUUCCCGCUGACUCAGAUGCGUUCCUCCUCCCUCAGCAGAAACUCCUCUUCAAUGCGACGGACGAGGAAAUCUCAGAGGAACCAAAGAGGGAAAAACCAAAGGACGUGAUCUCGCUGAUCUCCGAUGAUGAGGACGAUCUUGUGGACCCGACGAUGGAGUUGGUAACAGACAAAGACGAGUGUGUCCGGCCCGAGCGAGUAAAGGGGGCGGGGCAAACACAUACAUCGGUGGACAAGAGUGCUACUCUUUUGGACUUCAUUAAAAGCUACUGCUGUGAUGAUGUGGACAUGACGCCGACAGACGACAUCAUCAAGGCACUCCACGGCACACCGUACUGCCUGUACCUGUACGUUGGGGUGGAGUUGCGUGAGGAGCGGAGAACGAGCAUCAUCCUGAUUGGCUACUUUGACAGGAGCUUGGGUGUGAGCGUGGUGAGGCCGCUGCGCACGCUGCAGCUGAGCGUGGACUCUGAGAUCGAAGCCCUGGAGUCAGACGCAGGCCUCCUGACGGAGGUACUCAUGGAAGCUGGCCUUCCUCUCUCCAACCUGGCUGUGUUUUACUGUGAUGCUCCGCCCCCAGAGGCGAGCCAGGGGUUUGCAGCCCAGCUCCGGCCUUUCAGCCCCGGGUUGUUAUCUCUGUGCGGCCUUUCUGGGAUGGCGGAAAGAGCGUGCCAGGAAGGACUCCUGGCUUCCUUCAGUCACGUGGUUGACCUGAUUAAAGACGUUCACCAUCACUACUCCACCUACUCCUCCAUUAACAACAGCCUGAAGGAGCUGUUUGCGAACAUGGAGCAUUACAACCCAUCCCAUCCUGUCUCCUCACAGUGUUCAUUCUUCAUCCACACGGUGCAGAAGAUGGUUGGCUGCUGGAGGGAUUUGGUGGACUAUUUUACGUCUCUAAGGCAGGCCGAGGACGCUGACUGGAUCAGUACCCGGCUGAUGGAUACUAAAGUCAAGCUGCACUUCCUGUUCCUGGCCCACACGUUGGAGCCGCUCAGAGCACUCCAAGAGCUGCAGCAGUAUGGAUCAGCAGCUGUCAGCGUGGAGCUGCAGCAGACGUCGGUGCUGCUCCACUUCUACGCCGUGAGCGUCCUGCGGCCGGCUGCCGUCGACGACUUUCUCAGGAGGCGAAAUGUGAAGCUGCUCCACAGCGAGGCGACGCUGCUGCCCACAGCGGAGGUGAAGGUGGGCGCUCGAGUCAAAGACUUCCUGUGUGCCACCCCGGCUGUGGAUCUGGGGGACGAGGAGAGGAGCUGCUUCCUGAGGGACGCGCAGGAGUUUUAUAAGGCGACGCUGCAGAGUUUGGCCAAGAGCAUUCCCGAGCAGCUCGGAGACGUGGCACUGAGGAACAUCGCUACCGUGCUGAAAGAUCCGCAAAAUAUCAGUGAUGAAUUAUGCAGUACCGUGCUGUCAGAGUUGGCGGUUCAGCUGCGUCUGUGCAGCGCCGGCUCUCCAGAAGCUCGUCGGCUUCAGUGCGACUACCUCAGUUUGAUCCAGACAAGAAGGAACAGAGAGGCUGCUUUCUGGCCAAAGAUGCUGGAUGGAGUCAGACCGGACACGACGCUGCACAGGCUCAUUCUGACCCUCCUGGCUCUGCCGAGCUCGCUGCUCAGGACUCAGGUGUUUGCUAAGGUGUCGAGCAGCUUCAGGACUCUUCCUGAGAGGAAGGAAGCCUCCAAAGAUUUACCUGAACCGGGCACGUGGGCGAGAACAACCAGCCUCCGCAGGAGGAAGAUGCCUCUGCGUAACCAGGUAACCUAUAACAAUGUGGCAAGACGGCGCUCAGAGGACGGUGACCCAGCUGGGGUCAAACCCAACCUGCAUGUUCCCGCGAGAGAAUACUGCAGCGCGGAGGAGUCGGACAACACGGAAAACUCCUCUGAUGUGGUGGAUGUUACAGAAGAGCCCAGAACGCGGUGGGCCAGCAGACGGAGACGGACACAAAGUCACAGAAACCUUCAGGCUGAGUCUGUUUACAUCGUGAGCAGCGACGAAGAGGAUCGCAGCUUGGAUUCAGCGUCCGAGCAGGAAAACUGCACCGGGGAGCUGGUCUGGGGCUGCGUGAGCGGCUUCUCCCUGUGGCCGGCCAUCGUCAUGCCGAGCAGAGGAGAAACUCAGCUUCCAGGGAAGAGGAUGGUGCAGUGGUACGGACAAAAGAUGUCCUCUCAGGUCAGUUUGCAGGAUCUCAAACCGUUCGCUGCCUUCAGCGAGAACUUUUGUGCCGACUCCUUCGACAUCCUUAACACCUACCAGGAGGCCGUCUUCCUGUCCCUGCAGGAGGCGGCUCGGCGCUGUAAGAAGCAGUUUGCUGCACAUCCUCAGGACCGAGAUGAGCUGCUCAGGCAGAUGUUGGACUGGGCUUUUGGAGGCUUUCAGCCCUCGGGGCCUGAAGGAUUUAAACCCCAAACUCCAAAGAACGACUGCAGGCCAAAGGUGAUGAAGGAGCUCUCCCAUAAAGCCUCUCCUGGCGACAGCAGGAACUUUAAUGUGAAAGAAGUGGCGGUCUGCUUGAAUAGAUUGUCCUGCAGCUCCAUCAGCAGGUUCUCAAAGCCUGAAACUGCAAACAAAGAGGCGGAGAUCGGUUCCAAAGCACUGAAGGAGAGGGGACCCCGAGGAGGAGGAUCAAAGACAGGGAAACAGGGGAGGACGGAGGAGCAGGAAGAAGAAGAGGAGGAGGAGGAGCAGCAGGAGGAGGAGGAGGAGGAAUGGACAGGAGGAUGGGGAAAGGGGAAGAGUAAGACAGGAUGGAAGGGAAGGAGGGGUCACAAGAAGAAAGGCGACCUGUUCAGUGAGAACACGUCGUCUGAUUUGAUGCCGAGCAAGAAGGUCUACACCAAACUUUAUAAUAAGGUCAACAAGCCGUCCAGCUUCUACAGACAGCCUGACCAGAAACACAGAGAGAAGAUCAUAACCGGGAUCACGGAGAUGAAACUGGACAUCGAAGGUUACUGUCUGUGUUGUGGAACUGAAAACAUUGAGAUAUACCACCCUCUGUUUAAAGGAGGCCUCUGCUUGAAGUGUAAGGAUAACUUCACAGAAACCUUAUAUCGUUACGAUGGCGAUGGAUAUCAGUCCUACUGCACCAUCUGCUGCUACGGGAUGGACGUCCUGCUGUGUGGGAACGAUGGCUGCUGCAGGUCUUACUGCGAGGACUGUCUGAACAUCCUCGUCGGGCCGGGAACGUUUGAUUCGCUGAAGCUGCAGGACCCGUGGAUCUGCUACCUGUGUCAGGCUCACAAACCCCACGGAGCGCUGGUUCCCAGAGAGGACUGGAGCAUCCGUGUGCAGGAGUUUUUCACCAACGACAGUGGCAUGGAGUUUGAGUCUCACCGUGUUUACCCGUCCAUCCCCGCAAACCUCCGCAGACCCAUCAGAGUGCUGUCGCUGUUCGAUGGCAUAGGAACAGGUUUCUACGUGCUGAAGGACCUCGGCAUCAAAAUAGAGAAGUACAUUGCCUCUGAGGUUUGCGAAGAUUCGGUCGCUGUGUCGACGGUCAACCACGACGGGAAGAUCAUCCACGUUGGAGACGUCCGGCACAUCACUCCGGAACGCCUCGAGCAGUGGGGUCCUUUUGAUUUGCUCAUCGGCGGCAGCCCCUGUAACGACCUCUCUAUCGUCAAUCCGUUCAGGAAAGGCCUCUAUGAGGGCACCGGCAGGCUUUUCUUCGACUACUACCGCAUCCUUCAGUGGCUGAAGCCCAAAGAGGACGACCCCCGGCCGUUCUUCUGGCUCUACGAGAACACGGUCGCCAUGAACACCUGCAACAAAGUCGGCAUCUGCCGCUUCCUGGAGUGCAACCCGGUGAUCGUGGACGCCAUGCAUGUAACCCCGGCCCGCAGAGCUCGCUACUUCUGGGGAAACAUCCCGGGAAUGAGAAGGCCCAUCGUCGCCACCCACAACGACAAGCUGCAUCUGCAGGAGUGUCUGGAGAUGGGCAGAGAGGCCACGAUGUCGAAGGUGAGGACGAUCACCACCAACUCAAACUCUCUGAAACAAGGAAAAAAUGUGAAUAAGCUGCCCGUCCUCUACAACGGCAAAGAGGACCGGCUGUGGAUCACCGAACUGGAAAGAGUCUUCGGUUUCCCCAAACACUACACUGAUGUGCGGGACAUGAACAGGCAGCAGAGGCAGAAGGUGCUCGGGAAGGCGUGGUGCGUCCCCGUCGUCCGUCACCUGCUGGCCCCCCUGAAGGACUACUUCACCUGCGAGUACCUGCCUCCUUUAAGCUCCUCCUCCCAGUCCUCCAGCGCCUCUGCGGGGCAGCAGCUGUCGGGUUAGGAGGAGGCUGGAAGUGUUCAGUGUGUGGAGUUUAGAUGGAGCUUCGGUCUUCACUUCCAUCAGCGAUGGGCUGCUCGGGUUUGCAGCAGGUAACUCACCUGAGGAAGAUGCUGCUGGACGAUCCUUUCACCUCCCAGAGAUGCUCCAUCAACAAACAGCAGCACAGGAGCCUGAAACGCACAGGAAGUGGCCUAAACACUUUUGUUUUUCAAAAUAAGUCGACUGUCAUGAUACAGUUAAGAAUGAACGCUCUGCAGAUUAAUUGUGCUCGUUCGGGGUUGAAGGAGCAGCAGGUGCUGAUCUUCUGCACCACGUUACCUCCUUCAGUAAAUCAGAGCUGUGACUCUGAGCAGGGCUGACCUGCAACAAGCUGCACGGCUGAGAAAGGCCGAACUGUUUCCUCAACCAGCAUUUAAACUCGACCCUAACUCCACGCUGAGAGCAGCUCCACGUAUGAGCCGUGCUCGAUGGAGAGGCUCCGUCCUUAAAUAUAUGCAUCUGUUUUUUAAACUGCUAAAAGAUUAUGUUUGCUAUGUUAAAAAAAAGCAGGUAUUUAUUUUUUUAAUACAAUUUAGGCUGCUGCUGUUACGUUGAAGCUCCUUCAUUUAAAAGUUUUUAAAUCCUAAAAAUAACUGAAGCAUAAACAGAAGAAACAAAUUCAUAUCCAAACAGCUUCUGUUUGGGUUAAACUAAGGCCGGGUGCACUUUCAGGUAAUACCACAAGGUGGAGCAGUGAGACGGCGUAACCGUUAUUAACUUUGAGGAGGAGGAGGCGGGGCUGAAAAUAAAUUUUCAAAGUUAAAGAGACAACGCUGCCCUCUGCUGGUGACGGUUUUAGUUGCUGCUUUUUCACAGGGUGAUCACAAAAGGACCUUUAAUCGUGUUUCCAGGGGAAAAAAAACUGAUUUUCUUUAUAAACAUUUCAUUGCCACUUUUUCCUUUUGAUCGCCUUCAGCGGCCGGCUGCUGGGAUCUGAAGUUUCAGGUUAACGCUGUCGGACUGCAGCGGGUACGAGAGGUGGAACUGAAAUGUAUUAACUCUUUAUCGCCUUUUCCUCCUCUGGUGAUUGAGUUCAGCCUGUGGAAACCUGUGUUUGCACUCUGCCUCCAAACAAACUGACCUGAAGACCUUUGUUACUGUGACGCUGAAGCGCCGAGUCGUGUUUCUGUGAAGGGAAACGAGGCUGCGGCUCGAGCUUCGAUGGGCACUCAAACUCAGGAAGCAUCCCUGAUGCUGAAGUGACUGAAUUUUUAAUUUUAGCUGUUAAUUACAACAGUAAAGCAACGAUGAGCUCAAACCAUGAGUGAAAAUAUUAGACAUGUUACUGUAUUAAAUGUUUGUCCUAUUCUUUUUUUAAUAUUUUCUAUUGUGAUUUCUGUACAGAGGACUGAUCUCAGUGCUUUUGAAAGCCCACCUGUGUUUUUAUGCGGAUAUUUGAAGAGUUUGAAUAUUGUGUGUCCUUCUGCACCUGCUGGGAAGCCCUCAGCUCGUCUGCUGAUGUCACUCUCAGGGAUUAGAGGCGUUCCUGGUUCUCAGACUGGUGACUGUAACAGACCGGGUCAAACACGUCUGUCCGAAUGCUGCUCGAGUUGAUGUUCGAGGUCACCGACUGAGCGUGCUCACAGGUGGAGGAUGUUGACCUGAUGACAGCUGAAUCAGCAGCUUAACUCAUUUUUUUCUUUGAUUAUUUAACAGUCGAGCUGUAAUAAGUUUAAAUUGUUGACAGUUAUCAGUGAA